AUGAGUACUAACGGUCCGGAAUAUGAUGAAGAAACAGGACUUAAUCUAUUCUUGAGACUUGGGGCGCCUUGGCUCAUGCAGAAAACUGGUUGUCCGGAUAUCGAUACUUAUCUCAAUGGUGGUGUUGCUAAGGGUAAACUUACCGAAUUUGUUGGUAACAUUGCUUCGGGAAAGACACAGUUAUGUCUUUCGCUCAUUGCUAAUCAAUUGGUCAGCGAUGAAAAGGAACAAAACAAAAUUGUUUAUAUCGACACAAACGGUAGUUUCAGUAGUAGUCGUUUGCUGCAAAUACUAAAAUCACGCGGUGUGCAGAAUGAAAAUAUAGCAGAAAGGAUGCUUAAACGAGUAUUUAUAGCACGAACUUACGAUGAGAAAGAUCUUCGAAUUGUGCUCUCAGAUAUUCAUGUAAUCGAACACUUAAUUACCUUAUAG